UUCGGGUUUUCGGGUAGUGAAGUUUAUAAUCCUUUCGGAUAUUUUAAAAUUUUGGAUUCGGCUUCGGAUCGAAUUUUUCAGGUCGGAUUCGAUUCGGUUCUUCGGAUUUGGAUAUUAUGUGCCACGUUAAAAAAGUAUGAUUUUUUUUUUUUGUCAAGUUGGAAAAGUGAUAGGAUAUUUUUGACAGCCAAUGAGAAAGUCGUAUGAUUAGAAUCAUAUGAGAUAUUUUGGAUAUCACGAUAUUUUAUGGUGCAUGAAUGUAGUAACUUCGAAGAUAUUUUUAACUUUUGGUAAUUAGUAUUUUUUCUUUACUUAUUACUAGUAUAUGUUUAUGAUCAAUCUAAAUUUAAUGAAGAAUUCCUAUUGUAACUAUAUCCUCAAAUCUCGCAUUCAAUCCCAACAAUUACUCAUUCCUUUUAAACAAUUCAGACCUAAAUAUUUUUGAUCCACUCAUGACUCAUAGCUUCAGAAACCUAUUUCUCUCGUAACUUUUUUUCCCUACAUAGAGAUUAUGGAGUAUAUUGUGGAUGAUAUAUCAGAUAGCACAUGUAUGGUGACACCAAUCUACUAUUCGAGAGAAACAACUCAAGAUCGUCAAACUUUUUUGUUUGAUUUUGAAGUUGUCUACACAAAAGUGCCUGAGCCAAAUAGUGAUGGAGAAGCUGACUACAUGUCCAAUAAGGUUAAAACAAGGACUACAAAUCAACUUCAAAGAUAUGGUCGAGACGAGUUCAUUGGUCAAGAUGUGGAACGAAUAAAAGCCACAAUCUACGAAAUUCUCUAUGAAAUUGGUGUUCCUCCUUAUCGAGGGAUCAUGAAAACAUUUGCUGAAGAAAUCGAAUGCAUAUUGAAUUCACCUCUGGAGAAAUUGGAGAAGAUCAAAGUAAAGAUCGAAGUUGUUGCACACACGUUUCCUGAAGAUGAAAUCGAUGUUGAAGGGUAUUAGUUUCAGUGUUUAAAGAACUUGAAAGUAGAUCGUUACAAUGAUUUAUUAUUUUGCUUCUUGGUUGUUUUCAGUUUUCUUUUUUUUACUUUUACAUUCUAUAAUGUUCGAAAGACUUAGGUUAUUUUGCAAAAUUUUGAGUGUUAUCU